GGCGGGCACCAGUGGGAACCCGGGUGGGAACUGUCCCGAGUCCGGGAGGCGGAUUGGGCUCUGGCUCCAUGGAGCGAGGCGAGGGCCCGAGUACAGAACGUGCUAAGGUCAUCAGACCUAUUGAUCGGAAGUCAGUCCAUCAGAUUUGUUCUGGACAAGUGAUACUGAGUCUCAGCACUGCUGUAAAGGAGUUGGUAGAAAAUAGUCUGGAUGCUGGUGCCACUAAUAUUGAUCUAAGGCUUAAAGACUAUGGGGUGGACCUCAUUGAAGUUUCAGACAAUGGAUGUGGGGUAGAAGAAGAAAACUUUGACGGCCUAACUCUGAAGCAUCACACUUCUAAGAUUCAAGAGUUUGCUGACCUAACUCAGAUUGAAACUUUUGGCUUUCGGGGGGAAGCUCUGAGUUCACUUUGUGCACUGAGUGACGUAACCAUUUCUACCUGCCACACAUCAGUGAAGGUUGGGACUCGGCUGGUAUUUGAUCAUAGUGGGAAAAUUGUCCAGAAAAGCCCAUGUCCACGGCCGAGAGGGACAACGGUCAGCAUACAACAGUUAUUUUAUACGCUACCUGUGCGCCAUAAGGAGUUUCAAAGAAAUAUUAAAAAGGAAUAUGCCCGAAUGGUCCAGGUCUUACAUGCCUACUGUAUCAUUUCACCAGGCAUCCGUGUAAAUUGUACCAAUCAGGUUGGACAAGGAAGACGACAGCCUGUAUUAUGCACAAGUGGGAGUUCCAGCAUGAAGGAGAACAUUGGAGCUAUCUUUGGGCAAAAACAGUUGCAAAGCCUUAUUCCUUUUGUUCAGCUGCCCCCUAGUGACCCAGUCUGUGAGGAGUAUGGGCUCAGCUGUUCUGACACGCUGCAUAAUCUGUUCUGCAUUUCAGGCUUCAUUUCUCACUGUACUCACGGUGUUGGAAGGAGCUCAACAGAUAGACAGUUUUUCUUUAUCAAUCGACGACCUUGUGACCCAGCAAAGGUUUCCAGACUUGUGAAUGAGGUCUAUCAUAUGUAUAACCGACAUCAGUAUCCUUUUGUUGUUCUGAACAUUUCUGUUGAUUCAGAAUGUGUGGAUAUUAAUGUUACUCCGGAUAAAAGGCAAAUUUUACUACAAGAGGAAAAGCUUUUGUUGGCAGUUUUAAAGACGUCUUUGAUUGCAAUGUUUGAUAGUGAUGCUAACAAACUGAAUGCCAGCCAGCAGCCUCUGUUGGAUGUUGAAGGUAACUUAAUAAAAGCACACUCAGUGGAAAUGAAAGUGCCUCUCCCAGAAACACAGGGCCACCCUGCUUCCCCAAGGACUCGGGGAGAAGAGAAACGGGAAGUGACCAUCUCCAGACUGAGGGAGGCCUUCUCCCUUCGCCACACACCAGGGCCUCAGAGUCUGAAGACCACUGAACUGAGGUGGAUUUCUCCAAGACAGAAAAGAAGGGAACCGUUUGGGAACACCUGCGAUCCUCUCAGUUCCCGGGAGGCUGUUGCUGGCACAGCUUCAUCCUGCCCUCAGCAGGGGGUGAUGAGUCCAGAUGAAGGCUCUUGUGAGCCUAAGGGCAGAGUGGCCGUGGAGGCAGACUCGGGGUUCAGUAGCACUUCAGCCAGCUCAGAGGAAAGGGUCAGCACCCCAGAAACGGGCAGUCUGUCCAACAGUGACUGUGUAGCAAGCUCCCCUGAAGACAGGUUUUCACAAGGAAGUGUGGAGUCUUCUGAGAAGUCAAUUGAGAUUCGCCAUUGUCUUUCAGACACAGAAUGCCAUUUAGACCAGAAAAACAAUGCAUGUAAAUUCAGAGUUUUGCCUCAGCCAAGUAAUCUCUCUUCCUCAAACACAAAGCGUUUUAAAAAAGAAGACAUUCCUUUAAAUUCUGACAUCCCUCAAGAGGUCGUUAAUACUCAGAACACAUCAGUGUCUCAGGUUGAUGUUGCUGUUAAAAUUAAUAAGAAAAUUGUUCCCCUUGACUUUUCCAUGAGUUCUUUAGCUAAACGGAUAGAGCAGUUACGUCACCAAGAACAGCAAAGAGAAGGUGAAGAAAAUUAUAGGAAGUUUAGGGCAAAGAUUUGCCCUGGAGAAAAUCAAGUAGCAGAAGAUGAAUUAAGAAAAGAGAUCAGUAAAACGAGUUUUGCGGAAAUGGAGAUCAUUGGUCAGUUUAAUUUGGGAUUUAUCAUCACCAAGCUGAAUGCAGAUCUCUUCAUAGUGGACCAACACGCUACUGAUGAGAAAUACAAUUUUGAGAUGCUCCAGCAGCACACUGUUCUCCAGGGCCAAAAGCUUAUCGUACCCCAGACUCUCAAUUUAACUGCUGUCAAUGAAGCUGUGUUGAUAGAAAAUUUGGAAAUCUUCAGAAAGAAUGGCUUUGAUUUUGUUAUUGAUGAAAGUGCUCCAGUCACUGAAAGGGCCAAGCUGAUUUCCUUGCCAACUAGUAAAAACUGGACCUUUGGACCCCAGGACAUAGAUGAACUGAUUUUUAUGCUCAGUGACAGCCCUGGUGUCAUGUGCCGGCCUUCCCGGGUCAGGCAGAUGUUUGCUUCCAGAGCCUGCCGGAAGUCUGUGAUGAUCGGAACUGCUCUCAACAUGGGUGAGAUGAAGAAGCUGGUUUCCCACAUGGGCGAGAUGGACCACCCCUGGAACUGCCCCCAUGGAAGGCCGACCAUGAGGCACAUUGCCAACCUGGACGCCGUCUCUCAAAACUGACAGCACUGCGAGGACUCUACGUUCUGCCCCAGAGUUUUCUGUUCUGCAAGAUUGGGUUUCAGCCAAACAUUUUGUUUCAAAAUUAACCUGCCACUUGGAAAAUCGUACCCAAUUUAUUUAAAACUACUCUUGAGAACCUUGGCUAACAAUUAGGGGCGUGGCUUGCGCUCCUCGUUCUGUGCGUGUGUGCAGGCCCAGCGUGUUGCAGAUGGCGAGAGCUCCUGAGGGGUCACAGGCUUCUGCACUGACAGUGUGUGUCAGUCAGGCUGCAGUGUGCGGCUCUUAAUGACAGUUAAGUUCAUAGUGGUUUAAUUUCAUCAAUUCAAAAUGAUGUGGUCCUUUUGGAGUAAUGAUUCUCACUACUGAGGCUCACAGACUUCUAAAAAAGGAGUAAUUCAAAAACCUCAAGGGGGAGUCUCUGUCCUGGAAGAAAUGCCUGGGUGUGCGGAAGGCACUAUUUCCAGUGCUCCCCACUGCAGCCAGGUGGCACUCUGUUCUUACAAGGGGCAAUAAAAGAGUCUGU